ACCAACAAUCUACAGUGGUAUUCUUUAGAUCCACUCGCCCGGACCUCCCUUCUUCCCCCAAGCCCACUUCGCUUUGCUGCUCGUUGCCGCUGCUUGGCUUGGGUUUUGGGGGAUUUGCUGCUGCGUUGUAAUGCGGUGAGGAGGAGUUGGGGGAAGCAGAGAUGGGGUGCGCGCAGUCGCGGAUCGAGAACGAAGAGGCGGUGGCGCGGUGCAAGGAGCGGCGCCAGUGCAUGAAGGGCGCCGUGGCGGCGCGGAACGGCUUCGCGGCGGCGCACUCCGCGUACGCCUUCUCGCUGCGGGACACGGGCGCCGCGCUAUCCGAGUUCGCGCACGGGGAGGGGGUGCCGCCGCCGCCGCCUCCCUCGCAGGCGGCGGCGGAGGCCCAGGCUGACAGGCUCUCUGCCGGCGGGGCCGCGCCAGGGGUCGCGGCACCUUCGGCGGCGGCCGGCGACGACAUAAUGCCGCCGCCGCCUCCCAUCGACUCGCUGCCACCGCCCCCGCCGCCGCUGCCGGAGUUCUCGCCGUCGCCGGCGAAGAUCCACCGCUCCAUGAGCAUGCCCAUGCCACCUAAACCGGUGACUAAGGGCCCCUCCAUGCUCCACAGCGACUCGAUUAGGGAGGAAGGGGAGAACGAGGUGGAGAUGGAGGAGGAAGACGCGGAGGAGGAUGUGCAUCUCGAUGACCGGCGGCGGCGGCUGCGAAAUCGCUCUCAGGCGCCGCCGCCUGUUUCGCCGCCGGCGCCGCAGACACCGGUGACCCCGCAGCCACCCCCACCUCCCCCGCCCCCGCUUGAUCCCAAGUCCGGAGUUGAUACGUGGGAUUACUUCUUUUCGAUGGAAGACGGGAUGGCGCCCAUCUCCGCCGAGGACGACGAAAUCAUCCCCGAGCCGGAAGAUGAGAAAGAGUACGUUCCUGCCUCGCCACCGCGCCCGCCGUCUUCACCUCCUCCGCCCCCGCCAGCAGCUGUCUCGCCGCUUGAGGAAUUUGAGGAGGAGCCGCGGACGCCUGAGAUGGUCACGCCGCCUCCGUCGCUUCCGCCAAAACCUCCUGGUUCUUCGAAGAAGAAGAAGGGCAAGGGGAAGCAUAAGGCUGCGCACCACCAGCACGCCGAGUCCGCGCCUCCGGUCACGGUGGUCGGCUGGGGGAAGGCGGGGAAGGUGGUCCCCGCCGAGGUGCCGCGCGUAGACCUCCUGCGGGUGCUUGCGGAGAUCGACGACAGGUUCUUGAAGGCGUCGGAGAGCGCUGGAGAGGUAUCCAUGGCGCUGGAGGCCAACAGGAUGCACUACCACUCCAAUUUCGCCGACACAGGCAAAGGGCAUAUCGAUCAUUCAGCUAGAGUUAUGAAAAUAAUAACAUGGAAUAGAUCCUUCAAAGGCAUGCAAAAUGGUGAUGAUGCAAAGGAUGACUUUGAAAAUGAUGAAUUGGAGACUCUGGCAACUGUCAUAGAUAAAAUUUUAGCCUGGGAGAAAAAGCUGUAUGAUGAAGUGAAGGCUGGUGAGAUUAUGAAACUUGAGUAUCAGCGCAAGGUUGCUUUGUUAAAUAGACAAAAGAAAAACAAUGCUGCUAUUGAGGUCCUGGAGAAAACUAAAGCUGCAGUUACCCAUUUGCAUACAAGAUACAUAGUUGAUAUGCAAUCAAUGGAUUCAACUGUGUCAGAGAUUCAGUAUCUCCGUGAUAAUCAACUUUAUCCAAAACUUUUGGAUCUCGCUGACAGGAUGGCAAAAAUGUGGAAGGACAUGCACAUGCAUCAUGGAGAUCAGCUGAAAACUGUGUUGGAUCUGAAGUCGGUUGAUAUUUCUGAUUCCAAUAUCGAAACAAGUCGGCAUCACCACAGCCACACACGCCAGCUGCGUGAUAUUGUAGAGAAGUGGAACACAAACUUUAGUGAUCUCAUGAGCUAUCAGAAGGAGUACGUAAAUGCUCUCUACAGCUGGUUGAAAUUGAACCUUAUACCCAUAGAGAGCAGCUUAAGGGAGAAAGUAGCAUCCCCACCAAGGAUGCAGCAGCCUCCAAUUAAAGCCCUUCUCCAAGCAUGGAAUGAGCAUCUAGCUAAGCUGCCUGAUGAUCUCGCCAGGCAUGCCAUUGUUAGCUUUCGGGCAGUCCUGGACACCAUAUUAAGUGUUCAAGACGAGGAGUUGAAACAGAAGGAGAACUGUGAACAAAUUCACAAGGAGUACGCACGGAAAGUUCGGGCUUUUGAGGACUGGUAUCACAAGCAUGCACAGCGUAAAUCGUUUGAUGUUGAUCCAGAGAGCGGUGAGGGCACAGGUCAAAAGGAUGUCAUUUCAGAAAGGAGAUUUGCUGUAGAGAGCCUAAAAAGCAGGCUGGACGAUGAGAUUGAAGUCCAUAAUAAGCUGUCGAAGCAAGUCAGAGAAAAAUCUCUCUCAAUCCUGAAAGCGCACCUGCCAGAGCUAUUCCGUGCCCUGACUGACUUCUCCCAUGCUUGUUUUGAGAUGCACUCGAAGCUAAAGAUUGAUGUCACCCAUGCAGGGUCAGGGUAGUAACGACUAGCUCAAGAACAUGUACAGGAGUUAGGGUGCUGGUAGUCAACAUGUUGUAACGCUUGUAUUGUCUCCCUAGCUUUUCUGUCGCUGUAUGUGUAGUAUCUCUUCAGAUAAGAACAGUUAAUCAUGGUGGCCGUUUUGCUACUUGAAAUUCUCAUGGCUAUUUUGGUAAGCUUCCAGAAUCGCUGUUAAGUGGCAAUUUUUGUAUAGAUGGUCGGUUGCUGAGAACCUUGAAGGUAAACUUUUGUCUGCCAUUAA